UUGUGGGUCCAUAAAAUGGAUGUCUUUUCAACUAAACAGAUUGCUAUCAGCCUCACAGAGCCGACUCAUGUUCCUUUUUGCCUGGUCAUUUCCUUUACCGAGUGUCUGUAAGAACCACCCACUCGGGUGUUUCUCAGGAUUAUAGGUUUUUUAGGUCAAACAGAAACCCUGGGAGCGCCCAACGCAGCCCCACACACGCGGUUACAUUAUGCACCGGCUGGGUGACAUCGACCCUGCCGCUGUGGUGUGUCCUGGAAGCUGUUGUGCCUGAUUUGCAGAGAUUCUCUCAGAGUGCGGCCAGCGGCGACCAGCAGCACAGGGUAAGAGCACGGCUCUGAAAUCCUGAAGCCUUCCUGGUGGGCUGAAGGCUGCACGUGGGAAUCCCUCCAUUCAUUUCAGAACCAGUGGGCCCUGCUCGCUUGCAUCCUUUGUCAUCCUCGGCCCCCAUGAUGGACAAGACACGGGAGCCUCCGGCCAUGACUGUCCACCUCCUGGCCAACUCCGGGCAUGGCUCGCUUCUGCAGCAAACCCUGGACCAGCUCCUGGACUGCAUUUGCCCAGAGGUCCGUGUCUUUCUGGUGUCUGAGCGGGUCAGUCCAGUGAAAUACUAUGACAAAUGCCACUCCAAGCGGUCCCGCUUUCCGGGGAUGUCUGUUCUGCUCUUCCUGCAUGAAAGCCUCGGAGAGGAGCGGCUGUUUCGCGUCCUUGACUCCCUACAGCAUUGGCCGUGGCAGUGCUACCCCACCCAGACUGUGCAGGGAAGACCGUGCCCCUAUAUUCUUGCCAAUCAGGAAUUCUAUAGUCUGGACAACCAGAUGCCCGUCUGGGGCGUGAGGCAGGUGCACUGCGGCACCGAGAUCCUGAGAGUGACGCUCUACUGCAGUUUUGGUAACUAUGAGGAUGCCAUCAGGCUCUACGAGAUGAUCCUGCAGAGGGAAGCCACCUUGCAGAAGAGCAGCUUCUGUUUCUUCGCGCUCUACUCCACCGAGAGCUUUGCCCUGCAGCUCUCACUGAAGCAGCUGCCCCCUGGAGUGUCGGUGGACCCCAAAGAGGCUUCAGUGUUGCAGUUCAAGGUUCAAGAGAUUGGCCAGUUAGUGCCUCUUCUGCCCCAUCCGUGCGUCCCCAUCAGCCACACCCGGUGGCAAACACAGGACUAUGACGGCAACAAGAUUCUACUUCAGGUCCAGUUGAAUCCAGGACUUGGUGUUAGGAAUGGUGAGCUUGCCUUUCUGAAUGGCACCUCGGGAGCUGACACGCUCCCCCAGGGCUCCAGGCUGACCCCUGUCUCUGCGAUUAGGACCCUAGAGCCGAGAAGCCGAAGGAGCCGGGGCAGGAGGUUCAAGGUAGGGUCGGUGGAGCGGCCUGAGCCUGGUGGGCGGACAGCGUCAGACAGCGCUAGUGGCACUCCGUGGAAAAGCCCUGGCCGCUCAGCCCAGCCCAGCAGCCCAGCUACGGACUCCCAGCUGCCUCUGCCUUCUCUCCACCUCGAACCCGGGGCCAGAAUAGAGGUCCUCAGACGGGAAAACAGCUUUGAGAAGCAAGAGGCAGAGACGAAUGUUGACACAGGAUUCACCGUGGUCAGCUCUGGACCCAGGCAAUCUUUUCUGAGCAGAUUUCCAAGGGAUCUUUGGACCCACCAGCCACCAUCCUGCUUGUCAACCUCUUCCUUAGGGGCAGCUGCUUCCAAAAACAACAGAAUCUUUAAGGAAAGCAUUCAUCCUCUGUCACUUGCUGACCAAAGGGACCUUUGUUCCAGGACGAUAAUCUCAAAAUGUACCCUUCCUCUGCCAGUCCAGGGUGAAGAAAAAGAUGCAGAAGAAGAAUUCUUUAUAUAGCAUAAAACAACUGUGGUUUUCUAAAAUACAAAAUCAAAUAGAAUGUUCUAGAAAUGGAGCACUGACCCAGAAUCAGCCUGUCUCUUGUUCAUCUGAGGGGCUCUAAAUGCUAGCCAUGCACAGAUCUGUAUCACUUUUAUUUCAAAUGUUCAAAGUCUAGCAGUGCUGGUGAGUGGUUGUUUAUUUGCCGUCAUGGUCAUAAGGGAACACAGCCAACACACAGGGAAAAAGCCCAAUGCCUCACGUCCUUGGAGACACACUAACACAGCUGGGUGUGUUGAGUUCAGUACCUAUCAGGAUAAUUGCAUUAUAUGCAAAUAAGUCGGAUGUGUUAUGCAAUGCUGAUUAGAGUCUGUAAUUUGGUUUUAACUUUUACUUGCAUUGCAUUGUUCAUCCCCCUGGGCAGCAUGGGCUAUUUAUUCUUUAGUGUUUUUUAGUUUUUAUGUGACCUCAUUUGGUAACUAGGCCCUGUUCACCACUCACCUCUAGUGACUUUUGCCUUUAAAGUUGUUUGCAUCUGGAAUGAGUUAACAUGCAAAGUGUUUUGAACAUUACAAACAUUUCUCUUUUUCUCCUGUUUAAUGAGCAGCAACCCUGGAAACCAAAAAAAUCAAGUUAAAAAUGAAAGCUAGGCUCUAGGGGGUUUUCCGGCUCCUCCAUUUCUUGUUUGUUUCCGCACUACCCCAGUGGGGCCCAUGGUUCAUAUAAUUAAGCAGAGAGGAGUGGAAUGUGAUUGGAUGAUUUGAGAUCUCCAAUGAGCGUGGCAGGAAGAUUGCAUUGGUUGGGUCACUGGAGCCGGACUUGGGUUUUUUUGGCCAUGUUCAAAUUCCCGAAUUCCUUUGCAGUACUCGUUCAUUUAUUCAUUCAUUUAUACGUCCAUUCGUGCAACACAGUGUACAAAUACUUACCUUUGAAUAAGACAUUGGUAUAUGGUACACAUAUGUUCUGUGGCCAUCAAACCCAAAACUUAUUUAUGGUUUCACUGUAUCACAACUCCAUUCUAUCAAUUCUUAAGAACAGGUGGAAGUUCAAACUUAUUUCUCUGGGAAACUUUUCCACAGCUGAUUACCACACUUGCUGCACAGGCUGUGGUAAGAAUUCACAGCCUGUGGAUGGAGAUUGGGCAUAUUAUGAAUUGCAAUUAUAAUCAUAAUGGACGAAUUCUUAGUUGCUCACAUGAUGUAUUAUUUGGUUGGGUCUAUACACACAUUUUUUAAAAAUCUGAGGGCUGUGUGUUUCAGUUGCUUUACAAGGUUAUUUGACUCCAAGAACUCCAUUUUCCAGAACAGAUGUUAUGUGACUAUAAGUGCUGAUUUAGCCGGGUCUUUUGGAGACCCCUAUACUGAGUAGACCUAAUUGGAGAGAAGGAUGAGUUCAGGCUUAAGCAUGAAUCUCAUGGCAGCAAGACUGGACUGAGUUUGUGUGCUCUGUCCCCCUAAAAGACUAGGAAUGGAAAAGAGCUGCAAAUGGACGAAGACAAGACUUUUAAACGGAUUUCUGUCCUUAUACUAUCAGUACAUUCUUAUCCCCAUGUUCUUUCUUUCCCUCAGAUUAAAGUUAGAUCUUAGAAUGUGGAAUGAAGAACUUACUUUUGGUAUGGUUUUCUAUAAUAAGAGUUAAAAAAAAAUGAAAGUCUUAUUUCAGUUGAAUUAUUGAGCUGCUUUGAAAAGCACAGCAGGCGGUUUUGAAGUUUCUUUCCGACUUUUUUGAGGUUAUCUAAUUCCUUUAACAUAAUACAUGGGUAGGAAUAUAAGUACAUGGAAAGCAUAAAGAAUAGUGAGGAAUUUGAAUGAGUAACUUACAAAAUUGACUUGUAAAAUAAGACUGUACUCUUUUUUUUUUUCUUUUUGCGGUAUGCGGGCCUCUCACUGCUGUGGCCUCUCCCGUUGCGGAGCACAGGCUCUGGACGCGCAGGCUCAGCGGCCAUGGCUCACGGGCCCAGCCGCUCUGCGGCAUGUGGGAUCUUCCCUGACCGGGGCAUGAACCCGCGUCCCCUGCCUCAGCAGGCGGACUCUCAACCACUGCACCACCAGGGAAACCCUAGACUGUACUUUUAAAAUGUACUCUAUUGUAUCCUCCUACUCACUAUAGGAAUCCAAUUUACAGCAUGAUGGGAUGGAAAUGCCAGUGGGCUAUGUGACAGAGGCCCAGAUUUUGGUCUCAGUUUAAAAUUUACUAUUUAUAUGUGAACUUAAACUCUUUGAUCUUCUGUUGCCUUAUCUUCUGUACUAAGGUUGUUAGGAAAAUCAAGAUUAUGCAUAUGAAAGCAUUUGGAUACUCUUAAACACUGUAAAUAUGUAAGAUAUUAUAAUCACAAAUGGUCCUUCCGACCCACAUUUUUAAAAUGUCUUAACAACAAAGGAUUUUUUUUGAAUCAACUUUUAGUGAAAGCAACGCUACAAUUAAAAAAAAGAAAUCCAACUCUCUAAGAGUUUUACUAUGUGUGUCAUUUAUGUUUACACAUCUAGGAGGAAAAUUAUGGAUAGAAAGGAUCAAAUAGAUCCUUAAGUUCAAAAGAGAUUUUAUAUAUAACAGGGACAAACUUAUGAACUAGUUUAAUCCAAAUUAUCAAAUUAUCCAGACUCUUUACUUAUACUGUAUUUUUAAAAAUAUAUUUAUUCUAUUUUAUUUAUUUAUUGUUUCUGUCUGUGUAGGGUCUUCAUUGCUGUGUGUGGGCAUUUAUCUGGUUGUGGUGAGCGGGGGAUACUCUUCAUUGUGGUUCGUGGGCUUCUCAUUGUGGUGGCUUCUCUUGUUGUGGAGCACGGGUUCUAGGCAUGCGGGCUUCAGUAGUUGUGGCACGUGGGCUCAGUAGUUGUGGCGCCUGGGCUUAGCCGCUCCGUGGCAUGCGGGAUCUUCCCGGACCAGGGAUUGAACCCGUGUCUUCUGCACUGACAGGCAGAUUCUCAACCACUCUACCACCAGGGAAGCCCUAUACUGUAUAUUUUGAAAUGUAAAAUGUAUCACAAGUGACUCCUGAUGGUCAGAUAAUUUAAUAUUUUUAUAGGUAUAUUAAAACUAAGUUGCAUUACA